AUGAAAACCACAAUCCAAAUCUUAAACUCUGCUGACAGCCACAUACUUUACCAGCAACCAUGCAACCACAAAUCCAUACAUAUCCAUCAAAAACACCAUUCUUCACCCGACUUCUCAUAUCAGCUCCGCAUUUCGGACACGCCAAACUCCGUUUUAAAAGUCCUAACUCCCACAGAAAUUUCAAAAAUGCGCUUCUAUCCGCAUAAGCACACCCGUGAACAAAAGACUUGUUAACAACUCCAACAUCGUACCUUUUAAUACUAAAUUUGCUUUGCACACAAUCUAAAAUCUUGUUACCUGGUCUCUAAGUUUCAAUGUUAAAAGGGUUGCCAUACAAACAGCAUUGUCCACCAAACCAUCCCACAGCAUGGAAUGGCGCCAAAAACCAGGGCAGAACACAUAUCGCCACAUUUGGUGAUCAUAGGUUGCAUAUAAAAGUAGAGCCAAAUAUGAAAUAGUUGUUUAUGAAAUAAAGUAUUGGGGAAAGAGCAGAAUCGCCCACUGCAUGUCGCGUUUUUAAGAAUUGCACAAACACUGUAUCCAUUUACACAUCAACCUAUUUUCACUUAAAAAAAAUCCCAGAAUUUCACAAAAAUGACAUUGCGCUUAACUUUAUCCAUGUACACAUCAACUGAUUUUACACUUAAAAAGUCAAAGAAAAUUGACAAAAAUCCAAUUCUUCGGGGAUACUCAGAAAACCGGCACUUUGCGAACUUCCUGAAAUUGUGUUCGGCAACUUGGUCAAUUUUGCACUUUGCCGAAAAUAUUUAUGAACAUAAUAAAAAUUUACAAAAAUCUCAAUAUUUUUAAAUUUGUUUUGUUAAACAUUUCAUUUAAUGUAAGUUUGUAAAGUUUUUUUUUUUUUUUUUUUUUUUGUAUGUUACUACUUUUUUAAAAGACUUUUAUAGAUAAUUAUAAGCUUUAGUUCAGUUACAGAGUUCCAUUCUUCAAGCCCUGUAAUUGCCAUUUAAAAAACUCACUAAACUGUCAGCUGAAAUCUUUAUGUUCUCAGCAACCUCUUGCCUCUCAUUUUAACGAAAGCGUUACUUGUCAUAAUGGCUCGUACUAAGCAGACUCCUAAAAGCGAACAGUUCCACCAGAUAAAGUCACGGAUCCGGAGUCACUCCGGGACACCUCGAAUACGACGGCAAUGGACUUAGACCACGGGCAGCUUGCACUUAUGGAUGCAGAAAUCGCUACGCUGAGAAAUGAAAUUCGGACAUUGGAAAUUAUGAUGGAAUCAGACAUCGACUCACUCAGGUUGUAAUCAGCUGGAAGACCAGUUACGGAAAGAGAUUAUCAUACGGAACCCUUGAAAAGAGGAUAGAAGAAAAGAAGCAGUCCCUGAUAGCGCUGAGGACUCUAGAUAAAAUGGAAAAUGAAACUGGAGCAACAAAUGAAUCUCUUCAAGCUGAUGAAAUACAAGCUUUAUCUGCUAUUUUUGGUGAUGAAUGGCUUAUUGAAGAUGAUGAGCAAAGAGUUUAUAGCAUUAAAAUAAGUAACAGUUCUGGUAAUACAGUGUAUUUGCAGGUAACGCUACCUGAAAGCUAUCCAUUAGAUUCCCCACCAAUAUAUCAGAUUAGCGCUCCGUGGAUGAAAAAAAAUGAAAAGGAUCUCCUAUAUUCUGAACUGGGAGAAAUUUAUUGUUGUCAUGCUGGUGAAAGUAUAAUCUAUCUUUGGAUUGAAAAAAUUCGAGAAUUCAUCAACAGUGAAACAGCUACUGCUACCAGUGAUGAUGCAGUAAAUGAUGUAUCCAGUAUGAAUGAUGCUGAUAUAUGCCUCGCAACAGCUAUGUUGCAACAGGUUAAUAAUAUUGAAUUUGAUGAAUUGCCAACUAUAGAACAUGGUGAACCAAUUAUUGAUCGUAAAAGCGUAUUCCAAGCUCAUGUUGCUAGAGUAGUGUCAACCAAGCAGGUAAAGCAGGUUUUAGACAAAUUAAAAGAAAAUAGGAAAAUAGCUAUUGCAACACAUAACAUGUAUGCAUAUAGAAUUGCUCGAGGAAAAACGGGAACUUUUAUUCAAGAUUGUGAAGACGAUGGCGAAACAAAAGCAGGCUCUGUUCUUUUACAUUUGCUUCAAAUAUUGGAUGUGCAAGAUGUUUUGGUGGUGGUUUCUCGAUGGUAUGGUGGAAUACAUUUAGGUCCUGACAGAUUUAAACAUAUCAGUAAUGCAGCAAGAAUUUUACUAAGCAAUUUGAAACUAAUAAAAGAGAAGCCAGAAAGUGGAACAAGCAGAACACAAAAAACGUGAUAUGAAACGUGAACUUAUUAGAAAUUCUUAAUAAGUGACCUUAGAAUUUUUAAAAAGCGUUAAUUAUUUACUAUUUUGUAAUGUAUAAAUAUUUUAUUCGGAGGGGAAAAAACCUUUUUAUACAUUUUAAUGAAUGAACCAUUUAUUGGUUUUUAUGUUAAGUUUAAUAAAAUGUUGAAUGAUUCUUGUGUAUUUA